GAAGAGCAUUUGUGUAGAAGAAGAAGAAGAAGAACAGAAAAGGAGGAGGAGGUGAAAGAAAGAAAGAAAGAAAGAAAGAAAGAUGACGAGAGUGAUGAAGGAAUUAUGGGCUCAACUGGGAUCAUCAAUUGCUAGCUUGAUGUUCCUCUGGGCCAUGUUUCAUCGCUACUUUCCCCGUCAUCUUCAGGCCUCCAUUGCAAGACUCUAUGAUAGAUUGUCCAGCUUAUUCUACCCUUACAUUCAGAUCAGAUUCCAUGAGUUCUCUCGAGAUAGUUUCAGGCGCAAUGAGGCCUACAGUGCCAUUGAAAGCUACCUGGGUUCCAAGUCCACCAAACAAGCCAAAAGGCUUAAAGGCAACGUCCAGAGAAACAGCAAGUCGGUAGUCCUUACCAUGGAUGAUCAUGAGGAGGUUUCAGAUGAAUUUCAGGGCAUCAAGCUUGUGUGGUCUUUGAUAAAGCUUGUCCCCACUACACAGUCAUUUUCCUUCUAUCCUGCAACCAGUGAGAAGAGGUAUUAUAAGCUCACCUUUCACAUGAAGUACCGGGAGAUCAUCACAGGGUCUUACCUGAAAUACGUGGUGGAAGAGGGGCAGGCUAUUGCUUUUAAAAACCGGCAGAGGAAGCUUUACACUAACAAUCCAAGCCACAAUUCUUACAGCUCAAGGACCUUGUGGAGCCAUGUUGUUUUCGAGCACCCUGGCUCAUUUGAGACAAUGGCAAUAGAUCAAAAGAAGAAAGAGGAAAUUAUGGAUGACCUGACUACGUUUAGCAAGGCCAAAGAGUACUAUGCGAGAAUCGGGAAGGCUUGGAAGCGUGGAUAUCUCCUUUAUGGACCCCCUGGGACAGGUAAAUCAACCAUGAUAGCCGCCAUUGCUAAUUUUCUGAAGUAUGAUGUUUAUGAUCUCGAGUUAACUGCUGUGAAGAGUAACACUGAAUUGAGGAAGCUACUGAUUGAGACGUCAAGCAAGUCCAUCAUUGUGAUAGAGGAUAUUGAUUGCUCACUUGGACUUACUGGUCAAAGGAAGAAGAAAAACCAGAAAGAUGGGAACAAGGAAGAGACUGAUCCCAUUAAGAAAAAGGAAGAAGAGGAAGAUGGUGAAAGGCAGAACAGCAAGGUCACUCUAUCUGGGCUUUUGAAUUUUAUUGAUGGCAUUUGGUCAUCUAGUGGGGGUGAAAGACUCAUCAUAUUUACUACUAAUUAUGUGAAGAAACUUGAUCCAGCUCUCAUUAGGAGAGGAAGGAUGGAUAAGCACAUUGAGCUGUCCUACUGCAGCUUUGAAGCUUUCAAAGUCCUGGCAAAGAAUUACUUGAAUAUCGAAUCACACCCCUUCUUUGAAACUAUUGGCAGCUUGUUGGAGGAAAUCAGCAUGACUCCUGCUGAUGUUGCAGAGAAUUUGAUGCCAAAGACCAUCAAAGGAGAUUCUGAGACAUGCUUAGAAAGCCUGAUUCAAGCCCUUGAAGCUGCCAAGAAAGACAGUAUCAAUGCUAAGGAAGAACUGAAGUUGAGAGCUGCUAAAGACAGCAAGGGAGAGGAAUCAUCAGCUAAAGAAACAGUGGGAGAGAAGGAACCAGUGGCAGAGGAGGAAGUAAAGGAAAAAUCCAUUGGCAUCUGAUCAGCCAGGUUUAUAUUACACUUUUGACUCCAAGUUCAUUUUUAGAAUCAGCUUAGCACUUGCUUUCAAAAUUUUAGCCUAUAUGCUAGUAUACAAUAUAUUAUAAUAAAUGUGAUGAAGAUUGUCUCAAGCAAUUAAGAUUUGCAUAGUCAAAAGAUUUAGGCAUGAGUUUUUUUGUUUGUAGCACUUAUUUCAAUAUGUUCUAUGCUUUAAUGGACAGAUGUGAAAUUUGAAAACCCUUCAGAGAAGAAAAUAACUACGUGUAAAGAAGUCAAUUAAUUUGAAUGAAGACCAUAGAAAUUAAUGGAAAACCUUAUCCUACAAACAUGCAUACAGAACAUGAUAAUACAAGAAGGAAGUACCAUAAGAAUUUCAUUUUAGAAUCAUUCUGGAAGGGCACAUUGAGUUGUGCUAUUGCCCCCCAAGUCAGAAUGAACAGCUUUGCUCUUAACAAAGGCACUUCUCGAAAACAAAUUGCAUUCUGGCAUCUUAAGUAAGCUUGAUCCAUCAUAUGGUUUUCAAAAUUUGAAAUUGGCAGAAAUUCUAAAAGAGCAUAAGUUUAUGAGUGGGGAAAAUGGAGAAUUUGUGGUCUCCCCCAUGCAUGUUUCCCUAAGGCAUUGUUUUUAUGUUUAUGGUACUUUAGAAACUCGUUUCUCAUCAGGUGAAGACAGGCCACUAAGGUUUUUUUUAAUGUAAAUACAAGCUCCAUGAAGCCUACACUGUCAUUGGAGCCUGCCUCAGUUUCAAAUCCACCAAACAAGCUAAAAGGAUAAAAGCCAAAAAAGAGCCAACUUCUAGUCAUUGGCGUGGACGAUUAUGAGGAGGUCUGGGAUGAGUUUGAGGGCAUUAGGCUUUUAUGGGUUUUUGAUAGAGUAACUCCAUCAACAGAGUCAUUUGAGGUCUAUGCUGCAAAGAGCCACAAAAGGCAUUACAGACUCACCUUUCAUAAGUACUGUCAUGAUCAGGGCUGGUCGUUACCUGAGUUAUGUGUUGGAAGAGGGCAAGGCUAUUAAGACCCGGAGCAGGCAGUGCUAACUUUAUACUAAUGACAGGUGAGGAUGGCUACUGCAAAAGUAGCCCAUGGAACCAUGUUGCCUUCGAACACCCUGCCACUUUUGAGACAUUGGAAAUGGAUCCAAACAAGCUAGAAAGGAAUUAUAGACGACCUGAUUACAUUCUC